AUGGGUCCGCCAAAGAAGAAAAAGCUGGUGCAAUCGCUCAAUAAGACCCUCAGAAAAGCUGAGAAACGCAAUAUCCAGAAAGCGAAGCAGGAAAGACGAGAACAACAACUCGCCAAAACCAACAAACAAAAGGUGUACGAACGCAAACCGACAUUUGGCGAGGACGAUCGGAUCUUGUUGAUUGGCGAAGGCAACUUUUCAUUUGCACGUGCCAUUGCAGACCACUAUAUGCAAAGCAAUCCAGCACUGAUCACGGCGACAUGUCUUGACAGCGAAUCAGUUUUAUAUGAAAAGUAUGGAGACGAAGCCAAGGACAACAUUGAAGCGUUGCAGGAUCUUGGUGUCACUGUAUUGUUCGAGGUGGAUGGCACGCAAUUGGGCAAGCACAAGCUUAUCCGGAAGAAUCGAUAUACCAAGAUCAUAUUCAACUUUCCUCAUGCAGGUGCUGGUAUCAAGGAUCAGGAUCAUAAUGUGCGUGCCAACCAAGCCCUUUUGAACGACUUUUUCGCAUCGGCCACACCUCUUCUUUCAAUACAAGGCGAGAAGCGUCGGCAUCGAUCUGGGAAUAGCAAUGUGCUUGAUAUGGAACCUGAAAAUGAUGACGAAGGAGGUGAAUUGGCAACAGCAAGUGAUGAACCAUUACCGGAUGGUGAGAUCCAUGUGACCAUUAAGACAUGUAAGCCGUACAACUUGUGGGAUGUCAAGAGGUUAGCCAAGACUACAGGUGCAUUAGCUGUCAAGGCCACGUUACCAUUCAACCCGACCUUUUAUCCUGGAUACGAGCAUCGUCGCACUUUGGGUUUCAAGGAGGGUGUCAGCCAAGGCAACAACGCUGAGAUUUUAAAAUCGGAUCCAAAGACAUUUGUCAUUGUACGCAAAGAAGCCAUGGCUCAAGAAUUUGAGAGGAGCAAACAGGGCGCCAUCAACAAAAAGAAGGAGCUGCAACGACAAGCCUUGCUCAGCAAAAGGAAAAGGAAGCAACGACCACGGAAUCAAGAUGAUGAUCACGACGACGACGAUGACGAUCAUGAUGAUUAG